AUGCCCAAGGACCUCAAGACCCACCAGGGCCUCCACACAGGCCGGCGCCUUUGCUGCUUCACUCAGUGUGGGAACGGGGUCUGGCGGCUUCAAAGCGUACUCUCCGCGAGCCGCUCCUACGGCUGCAAAAUCUGCGGGAAGAGGUUCAAACGCAGGAAGAUCUUGAGGAGGCAUGAGCGUUUCCACACCGGGGAGAAGCCCUACUCCUGCUACCAGUGCUCCAAGAUGUUCGCCCUGCGGAAAAGCCUCCGCAGGCAUGAGAGGUUCCACACGGGGGACAAGCCUCACAGCUGCCCCCAGUGUGGGAAGAGCUUCCGGCUCAGGGACAAUCUGAAGGCUCACCUGCGCUUUCACACCGGCGAGAGACCUUUCACCUGCUCCUUCUGCUCCAAGAGCUUCAGAAUCCUCAGGAACCUUGAGGAACACAGCAUUGAUCACUUGGGAGUGACAGCGAAAUAG